AUGGCGGCCACGGCGUCAGACUCUGAAAUUACAAAAAGCGACAAAUAUUCAAUUUUACUGCCGACUUACAAUGAAAGAGAGAACUUGCCCAUCAUAAUAUGGCUUAUUGUAAAAUAUUUAGACAACAGUGGGUACGAUUACGAAGUUAUUAUUAUUGACGAUGGAAGUCCAGAUGGUACUUUGGACAUUGCUAAAAAACUGCAAAAAAUCUAUGGAUCCAGUAAGAUAGUGCUUCGGCCCCGGGAAAAGAAACUAGGUCUUGGUACGGCGUACAUACAUGGAAUAAAGCAUGCUACCGGCAAUUUCAUCAUUAUUAUGGACGCAGACUUGAGUCACCAUCCUAAAUUCAUUCCUAAGUUCAUAGAACUGCAGAGGCAGCAUGACUAUGAUGUAGUUUCUGGUACCCGAUACAGAGAAGAUGGUGGUGUUCAUGGCUGGGACUUUAAGAGGAAACUAAUUUCCCGUGGAGCUAACUUUGUCACCCAACUCCUUCUGAGGCCUGGGGCUUCAGAUCUAACUGGAUCUUUUAGGUUGUACAAAAAGGAUAUUCUACAAAAAUUGAUAGACAGCUGUGUGUCCAAGGGUUAUGUCUUCCAAAUGGAAAUGAUCAUUAGAGCACGCCAACUGGAGUACACAAUAGGAGAAGUGCCAAUAACAUUUGUUGACCGUGUGUAUGGAGAAUCAAAGCUUGGUGGCUCCGAAAUCGUACAGUUCGCGAAAGCGUUACUUUACUUAUUUGCUACCACAUAA